AUGUCAGGUUGUACAACAUUCAGAGAUAAUCCACUUGAGCAUGAGGACCAGCAGCGGAUCAUGUUUGAUGCAAUUAGUGUUACAAAUGAGACUUCAUAUAUUCCUGUUGGUGCUAGUGAUGCUGUUCAAACAGGUGAAAGUGAGGGUGCUGCUGAUGCUAUCAGUGAGGACGGAGGGACACCAAAGGUCACACUCACUUCAGACAAACGGGUUCAAAAAAGACCUGCCCCAACUUCACCUCCGAAAAAGAAGAAGAAGACUUUUAGAGAUCAAUGCAUGAAGCGUUUAGUGGAUGCAUAUGAGAAGAAGGCGCAAAGUAGUAAACAGUCAGCCACUUCACAUGUCAUUGAUCAUGUUAGAGAUGAGGUUACUAAAAUGAUUGAUCAAGUCAUUGGGGAUGGUGCUGAAGAAGGGAGUGAUGAGCACUACUAUGCCACACAACUACUUAUGAAGAAGGAGUACCGUGACAUGUUCAGUACUUUGAAGACACCUAGUGGGAGGUUAGGAUGGCUGCGAAGGGCAUGGGAAGACAAGAAUAAGAAUUAG